AUGCUACGCUAUGCCUCAAAGACGACGGGAGGAUUUGACUUCAUUGACGCGCAGAUCCCCAUCGAAUAUGCCCGAAGUUUGAAGACCGAGGAGGAGAUUGUGGCCAUUCGCUAUGGCAUCAAAGUCGUCGAAGAGGGAGUGCAUCGUCUACGCGAUGCCUUGUCGCAGCCAGAGGCCAAUGUGACUGAAAAUGAGGUUUGGAGUAUCUUGCAUUCAACGGUCAUUGCUUGUGACGGAGAAUACGUGGAGACGCGGCUCAUGAAUUCCGGACCUAAAACAAACCCAUGGAUGCAGGAGAGUGGCGCCCGUCGCAUCAACGUGGGGGAGACCGUUCAGUUGGAUACGGAUGUGGUAGGACCGUUUGGUUACUACGUGGAUUUUUCUCGAACCUUCACCGCAGGGUAUGGCCUGCCAGGAUUUCAAGCCACGGAGAAGCAGAAAAAACACUACAAAUUGGCGCUGGAGCGGCGGUUGAGUUGUUAA